UUCUAGUAUAACAUUUCUUCUAGAUAAUAUCCCAUGAUCAAACUUGCUGUCUUAGGUUUAAAUACUACACUUUUACUGAGUAUCUUGCUCAAACAUAGCUCUGUUUCUGUGCAAAUACAGCAUCAGAUGUUUUAGGACUUCAGCAGAAGACUGCUAGAGCCAUAGGCUCAGUGGCUGCACACCUGCAAAACAGGUAACCCCACACAGUAUAAUUAAAUUCCCCUUUCAGAGUUACAGAUGGGAAAUAAUGAAGGAUGUUUUUCUCAGGUGAAAUCAGCAAAAUUAGCGUUGGGAUUUCCGUAAUUCCAAGUGAGUUCUGGUCUUAAAAUUCAGUAGAUAGAUGCUGAGAAGAAGCAGGAUUCAACACUUAGUUCUGUUGGCUGGUUGUUCUGUUGGUGUUUCAACAUAAAAUAGCUGCUUUUUCUCCCCUCAUCCCAUCCCCUCACAUUUUGAACAAGCCAUUACAAUCAGAAAUCCGGUCUAAAUUAGGUCUUUCCCGUAAGUGUUGUGGAGAGAAAGAUUAAAAUCACUCAUUAAAUACCUCAGGAAACUAAAUUAAAAAGCUUGUUUAUUUUAACAGAUACUAUCCUUACUGAUGACUUCCCUUUAAAGAGUAUUUGCUAGUUUUGGGAAACGAGGCUAUUUAAAAACCAGAUUUGUAUACUGGCAAUUACAGUUAUUUUACUAGAGCUUAGGGGGGAAAAAAAACCCAUGAGAAUGGAAGUGGGAAGUGCCCAAUUUGCAAAUUACUGACCUGUAUGCUAUUCUUGGUUACGAGGCACACAGACAUUUAAUCUUGCUCUGAAAUCAAAAUCUUAAUGCAAUCAUGAUGGCAUUUGAAGUGGUGCAGCACCAGGUUCAAGAGAUCCUGCUCUGAGGUGAUUAUUGGGAUGGAGAUACCUGAACUCUGCUAAUGAGGAAUGGACUGAAAGUUUUGAGGAUAAGAACAGGAAAUUCCUCUCUGCUCAACCAAAACAAAGCCACAGAAGGGUGACAGAAGAUGGGUAACUAGUGUAACAAGGCAGUAACAGCAGGAUUUUUUUUAUUUGUGAUAGAAACUGGACUAAAGCCUCUCAAAUUUCAUAGUUUUUACUGUGAGAGUCACAGGCACAUUGAAAAGAAAAAGCUACUCUAUACCACCAGAUACUGGUGGAUAAGUGCAAUAGGAGCCACAGCAAAGGGAAGAACUAGAAUUUAUACACAAAUACCUCUUGAAGACUGCAAGUCAACAACGUGUUCCCUUGAAAUCCACAAGUGAAUUAAAGGUAGACUGGCAGGAAACAAAAAAAGUGAAAUUUGUAGCAAGUCAUUUCACAACAAAUAAAGGGCAACAUCCUGCCACAACAGUAAGCAGGUGCCAAGAGUCAUCUUGGAACAAAAGCAUCACCAACAAACACUUGAUACAUUCAAGGCCCAACCUUCACCGCUCAUCUAAGAAUGCUUCACUUCCUCAAGCAUAGAAGUCUUUUGCGUGACUGUGGAAAACUUUAUUGCCCCAUUUCAGUUGUGAGGCCUGGAAGGGGCUAGCAACAAACAACAAUGGAGCUCACGUGGAAGGCCCGGCUUCUAAUUACCUUGAUCUUCCUUUCCUAGACACAGAAAGGCAAUAUUUGCUUUUUGCCAGCCCUCUGACACCUUUUCCCAUACUCCCAAAGGAGUGGCUAGUUGAGGGAAUAAAAGGCAGGGGGUUACAGAGUCGAGGCACUUGGAGCUGAACUUGAUCUUCAAGUCCGAGUUCAUCAACUUAGCCACGGAAAGGAGCCACUGAGAGAUAUUGCAGAGGAACUUCUGCCACGGGGACUCUGCAGCUGCCACCUAGCCAUCUGCUUUAAAAGAUAAAGAAGAGAAAACACUCAAACAUGGUUUGCUUGUGGUUCCUAUCUCUUCUUACUUAUGGACUUACAGUGCUGCAGGGGGCGAAUGGUUGGACAUACCAUUAUUCAGACAGAAACAUGACCUACAGGGAAGCAGAGGAGUGGUGCAAAAAGAGGUAUACUAACAUGGUUGCCAUCCAGAAUAAGGAGGAAAUCAACUAUCUCAAUAACUUCUUACCCUAUAAUCCGGGUUACUACUGGAUUGGAAUCAGAAAAAUUAAUGAUGUGUGGACCUGGGUUGGAACUAACAAAGAACUGACAGAAGAAGCGAGAAACUGGGCUUCAGGUGAGCCAAAUGGCAAAGGGAACAACGAGGACUGCGUGGAAAUCUACAUCAAAAGAGGGAAGGAUGAUGGCAAAUGGAAUGAUGAACAGUGUGAGAAAAAGAAGGUCGCCUUGUGCUACACAGCUUCUUGCAACCCAUCUCUCUGCAGUGGCCGUGGAGAAUGUAUAGAGACUAUUAACAGUCACACCUGCCAUUGUAACCCUGGGUUCUAUGGCCCUGAAUGCGAGUUUGUUGAGAGUUGUGAUCCACUAAGGAAACCUGAGCACGGGAGCCUCGAGUGCAACCAUCCAUUGGGGAACUUCAGCUACAACUCAUCCUGCACAGUUCAGUGUGAGGAAGGCUAUGAACUGACUGCACUGGAAUCUGUACACUGCACCUCCUCUGGGGUCUGGUCUGCCCCCCUUGCAGCAUGCAAAGCACUGCAGUGUGGGGCUUCUGGGGCCUGGGACAGGCAGCAGCCCUCCUGUGCAGCUGUGAGGUGUGAGGCUGUAAGCUGGCCAGAAGAAGGCUCUGUGACCUGUGAUCCUGCAGAUCUCACCUAUGGCUCACGCUGUGAGUUCCACUGCAAUGAGGGCUACGUUGUGGAUGGCCCAUCCAGCACUGAGUGCACGGCACAGGGACAGUGGUCAGAGCCAACACCAAAAUGCAAAGUUGUACACUGUGAACCACUGAGCUCUCCUGAGAAAGGCUCUAUGGAUUGCUCACAUGGUGCUGGGAUGUUCACAUACAACACCUCCUGCCACUUCAGCUGUCUUGAGGGAUGGAAUCUCAAUGGCUCUCAUGUUCUGGAGUGCAGUCACUCAGGAGCCUGGAGUGCCAGCCUGCCCACAUGUGAAGCUCCUGAGCUAGUCAGCUACUUUUCUGUGGGCAUAGCAGCCACAUCUGCCUCCCUGCUGUCCACGGCAUCAUUCCUCCUUUGGCUUGCAAAGCGCUUCCGAAGAAAAGCAAAGAAAUUUAUUCCCUUCAGUAACCAGCAUGAAACAGCCACUGAAGGUAUUUUCCAAAGUGCUGGCCAGAAUGUCUAGCUCAGGUGUUUCAGGAAUGGAAGCCACCUUUGUCUCAGAUUUCUGGAAAAUGAAGCUGCAUGCAAAUCAGCAGCUGUCCAGAUGUUUUUACCUCUUGCGAUACAAAAGACCUUGUGUAUUUGCUCAGA